GGAUUCCGGAGCGUGGAGACAGGGCAGUUCAAGUGGAAUCGAUCCGCAUUCUUUCUCUCUCUGUGUUGACAUUCUUCCCAGUGAGAAGGCAUUGAUCUCUGUCUUCCCUCCAGUAAUAGACGGGGUGAGUGGGGAGAAGGAAGACGCACCCCCAAAUACCAAGGCGGGGACUUGUGGUGGCCAAAGAGACCGGGAGAAUGCGUGUAGCAUGACACCACGCAUGACACCACGAAGUGCCCUGGCUGCAUGCUGUGGCAUCCUAGGAGUUGUAGUUUGGCGAGGCACCAGCACGGGAAGCUUAUAAAACGUCCUGCCAUGAUUCCCUAGCCCAGAGGCAUGGCAGGGAAAGGGAUGUCAACCUGCCUUAGUUCUACACAGCGUGGAUGCACCCCAGAGACACUUGCUGAUACCUCUAGACCCAUGUAAGCAACUUUGUGGGAGUAACCAUGACUGAAGUCCUUCUGUCUGCUGUCCUGAACAUGACUGAAACUCACCCGCUGGCUAGCAAUGUCUCCAAUGUCACCAACAAAUGUUCACUGACCAAAACUGGCUUUCAGUUCUAUUACCUGCCUGCUGUCUACAUUGUAGUCUUCAUCACUGGAUUCCUGGGCAACAGUGUGGCAAUUUGGAUGUUUAUCUUUCACAUGAGGCCCUGGAGUGGCAUAUCUGUUUACAUGUUCAAUCUGGCACUAGCUGACUUCUUGUAUGUCCUGACUCUUCCUGUGCUCAUCUUCUACUACUUCAAUCAAACCGAUUGGAUCUUUGGAGACUUCAUGUGUAAGCUGCAGAGGUUCAUUUUUCACGUCAAUCUGUAUGGAAGCAUUUUGUUCCUCACUUGCAUCAGUGUGCACAGAUACACAGGUGUUGUGUAUCCCUUGAAAUCCUUGGGGAGGCUGAAAAAAAAGAACGCAGUAUAUAUCAGUGCCCUGGUCUGGGGAGUUGUGGUUGUUGCCAUUUCACCCAUCUUCUUCUAUUCUGGGACUGAGGUAAGGAAAAUCAAAACCAUGGCUUGCUACGAUACAACGGUAGAUAACUAUCUGAGAAGCUACUUCAUUUACAGCAUGUGCACCACAGUCUUUUUAUUCUGCAUCCCAUUCAUACUGAUUCUUGGUUGCUAUGGAUUGAUAGUAAAAGCACUGAUUUACAAAGAUCUAGACAAUUCCCCACUUAGAAGAAAAUCAAUUUACUUGGUGAUAAUCGUGUUGGCAGUAUUUGCUGUCUCUUAUCUUCCUUUUCAUGUGAUGAAAAACUUGAAUCUACGAGCUAGGCUGGAUUUUCAGACUCCAGAAAUGUGUGCCUUUAACAACAGGGUUUAUGCCACUUACCAAGUAACUCGGGGUCUAGCGAGUCUCAACAGCUGUGUGGAUCCUAUUCUGUAUUUUUUGGCAGGCGAUACAUUUCGAAGAAGGCUCUCCAGAGCAACCAGAAAAGCUUCAAGACGAAGUGAGCUCAAUGUGCAAUCCAAAAGUGAGGAUAUGACUCUCAGUAUUUUAUCUGAGUGCAAACAGAAUGGAGACACAAGCUUGUGAAUUGUUAUUAAAUUUUUUUGCAAGCAAACGCUUUGCUCUGCUUUUCCUCAUCUUCGCAUAUUGUUUUUAACCCAUAUAGCACCCUUGUUUCAUGCAUUUUCAAGAAGACGUAACAACUGGACAA